AUGCGGAGCCCGAGCCUUACCUCGCUCUCGCCAGUAUACCCCUCCAGACGGUGGGCGGACUUCCCGCUAGAAGACCGAAGUAACGAGGAGAUAUAUGAGAGAUUGCGAUACAAUGCCUCCCAGGGUCAUACUGUGGACACGAGGAAGCUGGCGGAAUUUCUGGUUGUGGAGCGCAACGAGCGGCCGAAUACCCGGCUCUUCUCUGCGCUGAUACUGGCGAAUGUGGACCCGGUUGAGGGCUCGGCGGCCGAUGUGGGUGCGCUGCUUAGCGAGCUGAGAGCUGAGGGCUUGGAGCCUGAUGCGGGGGUAUGCCAUGACGCACUGAAGGCGCUUGCGGUCCACCCAGACUACAUUCUCCGCAGCGAGAUCCUCGAUUUCAUGCGGCAGCGCUGGUUCACGCUCUCUUCCGGCGGCCACCACGACGUGAUAGCGGGCUUGCUCCGAGAGCGCCAAUACGAGAUGGCGUUAGACAGGCUCGACCUAAUGCUUCGCGAAGGCCGGCCCGCCCAAGACUGGCUCCUAGACAUGACACUUUACCUCCUCGCCGAAGCCGAAGAAAUCGAUGAAGCGCUGCGCAUAAUGCAGCAGCGGAAUGCAUCUGGCACCACCAUCUCAGCCAGCCUGUGGUACCACCUCCUCGACAAAGCGAGCAGCGUUUUCCAUUACCAAGCAACCCUCUACACUUGGCGUCGCCGCGUCGAGCCCUCCUACCUGAACCCCCCAACCGGCAUCUGCAUGAACGUCCUGAUUACCGCCUCCCGCGCCGGCGACGCACAGCUCGCGACGGACGUCUUCCGCGUCUUGGGGAACCGCGGCACCGUCUUCGACCACAGCCACUACGAGGUGCUAAUCGAGACCUACAUCGCCGCCUCGGAUCUCAGGACCGCGCUUAGUGUGCUCAGCAUCAUGGCCGCCGCAAACGUCGUCCCGGACGAAGGUUCCACGCGGCCGAUUUUUCGGUAUCUGCGUGAACUGCCCGGAGGAGCGGGGGAGGCGUUUGAGAUCCUGCGCGGUUUGCGCGAGAGCGAGCGGGUCGUGCCGACCGCGGCGCUGAACGUAGUCCUCGAAGCGGCGAUCCACCACUCCCAGCUGAGCGAGGCGAUGGAGGCGUAUAAGUCCCUCCACGCUCUCUGCGUCCAGGGGCCGGACACAGGGACCUUCAACACGCUGCUCAAGGGGUGCAACGCCGCAGGCAGAAAGGACCUCGCUAUGUUUCUAGCGGCCGAGAUGAACGCGCUGGGCGUGAAGCCGGACGCGCUUACCUACGAUCGGCUGCUGCUGACGUGUCUGAACGAGGAAGAUUACGAGGACGCGAUGCGGUAUUAUGACGAGAUGCGCGCGCAGGGAUGGGUGCCGCGGCAGGGGACGUUCAAUGCGGUUGUGAAGAAGUGCGCGGAGAAGGGGGAUAUGAGGGCGUGGGAAGUGCUGGGGGAUAUGAAGGAGCUGGGGGUGGCGGGGGAGAGGAUUCGGGGGUGGUUGGAGGCGAAUUGGAGGGGGAAUGGGCCGGAGGAGGACGAGAGCGUGGAGGGGUAUGCGGGGCAGCGGCGGAGGGUUAGGACGGCUGCGCAGGUGUAA